CUGAUACCAUUGCAUUGAUGCAUCAACAAAUAUGCCUGACAGUCUUCCAUCCAUCCAUCCAUCCGAUCCAUCUUGCACACAUCUAGCUAGCUACACAGCUCCACGGUCACAAAUUGUCAUCGAUAAGCCCCGCCUCACUCUCCGCCGCACAGUCCCUGUUGACACGGGGCUCAUACACAAAACCCCACACAGCCGUCCCCACCAGCGCAACCAACACAGCAAAGAAGUACCCACCGAAGAACACUCGCCCAAAGACACUUUCACCCCAGGUGCCCGGCACGACAGCGGCAAUCAGCGCGCUGACCCCAGAGAGGGGCCACACCACCAGCAGCACAGACGACAGGCCCACACAGGGGGUCUUGUCCCGAUGUGUGACGUCCAGGACGUAGACAGCAAUGCCGUAGAAGAUGCUCUGAAUCACCACGAAUGAGUUGCUAAACAUCUCGAGCAUGAUCAUGGUGCCCCGCCGCAGGAAGGCCGCCGUCAGCUGCUCUGGCGCAUGGAGGAAAGGCACGGCCAGCGUGUAUUCGGUGAGGUUGGUGGCCGUCCACACCAGGUCACACAGGGCGGCAAUCAGCAGCAGGUGGGCGCCAAAUCGGUAACGGGGCGAAAGGCACGAGGGACAUGACGACACCUUGCCCUGCAAACCACACACAACACCUACCCACCAGCUGCCUCUCUGUGCAAGUAAGUCUUGGGCGCCUGCCUUUGACACACCCACCUGGAAGCAGAGUAUGCACACUGCACCCAUGCACCAGAAGAGAUUCCCCCACAGCGAUGGCCACGUAAUCGACCUCAGCGCAUCAACCGCCGCCCUCUCAUCUCUUCCCUGCUGAUGCUGCUGCAUGUAGGGCCCCGGAAUAGCUGACCCGCUAUAGGCCAUGAAGGACACAUUGGCCAGCGCGUAGCCCACAAGCUCCAGCACCACCCCCAGCCGCAGCGUGCGGUAGAAAAACCCAUCAAUCACCAAGAGGAUCAU